AUGCCAGUUCAAUCCCUCGACGGUGCUCCGGCCGUCAACGGCUCCGACUUUGGUCAAACUGCUCACGCCAACGGUCACAGCACCAACGGUCAUGCUAACGGUCACACCAACGGUCACUCUGGAAACGGCAACGGCCUCAACGGCAACGGCAUCAAUGGUCACCAUGUCAAUGGCAAUGGCAGCGCCAAAGCUGGUCUCAACGUUGGCCUCUCUUCGGGCUCGCAACCCAACAUCCUCUUUAUUAUGGCCGAUCAGCUAGCUGCUCCUCAGCUGCGCAUGUACAACGAAAAGUCGCAGAUCCUCACUCCCAACCUGGAUCGUCUCGCCCGUGAUGCCGUUGUGCUCGAGUCAGCCUACUGCAACUCGCCUCUCUGCGCUCCAUCCCGCAUGGCUCUCGUCACGGGUCAGCUACCUUCGAAGAUUGGCUCCUACGACAAUGCUGCUUCCAUCAGCUCCGACCUCCCCACCUAUGCUCACUAUCUUCGUUCUGCUGGCUAUGAGACCGUCCUCGCUGGGAAGAUGCACUUCAUCGGUGACCAGCUCCACGGCUUCGAGAAGCGUCUCACAGCCGAUAUCUACCCUGGCGAUUACGGAUGGGCUGUUAACUGGGACCAACCCGAUCGCAGGCUCGAAUGGUACCAUAACGCCUCUAGCAUCCUCCAAGCAGGUCCAUGUGUCCGCUCAAACCAGAUGGACUACGACGAGGAAGUCCUCUACAAGUCGAGGCAGUAUCUCUUUGACCAUGCGCGUCGUCGUCAUGGUGGUGGCAGCUCCACUCGUCCCUUUGCUAUCACUGUCAGCUUCACCCACCCUCACGAUCCUUACACAAUCGAAGAGGAGUUCUGGAACCUCUACGAAAACGUCGAUAUCAAUAUGCCCGAAGUCGAUAUCCACCCAGACGAUCAAGACCCGCACUCGAAGCGUCUUCGUCACGUGUGCGAUUUGGAAGGCAGGAACUUCACUCCAGAGCAGAUCAAGCGAGCCAAGCGUGCUUACUACGCUUCCGUAUCUUACGUCGACACCAAGAUUGGCCAGCUUCUCGAGACACUCGACAAGUGCGGCCUGCGCGACGACACCUUCAUUGUCUUCAGCGGUGACCACGGCGAUAUGCUCGGUGAGCGAUCGCUCUGGUACAAGAUGAGCUACUUUGAAAGCUCCGUCCGCGUUCCGCUUCUUUUCAACUACCCUAAGAUGUUUGCUCCGCGACGUGUUAAAGCCAACGUUUCCACCAUGGAUCUGCUGCCCACCUUCUGCGAUAUCGUCGGUAUUCCGCUGCAAAAGCAGCUUCCGCUCGACGGUAUCAGCAUGUUGCCCCAUCUUUUGGGCCAGACCGGGCACGACACCGUCAUCGCCGAGUACAUGGGUGAAGGGACCGUGGCUCCUCUGUUCAUGAUCCGACGCGGUCCUUGGAAGUACAUCACCUGUCCUGUCGACCCACCCCAGCUCUUCAACCUGUCAAAAGACCCCAAGGAGCUUGUCAACCUCGCCUCUGAUCGCGACAACCUUGAUGCAGAGACGCGCAAAGUGCUCGAAGAAUUCGAGCACGAAGCUCUGCAGCGAUGGGACGCGAAGAAGAUCACUGAAGAAGUUCUCAUGGUCCAGCGUCGAAGGCGCUUCGUCUUCUCCAGUCUCAAGCAGGGCGCCUGGACCUCUUGGGACUACCAGGUGCCUACUGAUACUCAAAAUAUGUACAUCCGUUCCCACCUCGAUCUCGACGAUCUCGAGCGCAUGGCUCGAUUCCCACCUGUCGAUGACUUUGGCAAUACCAUCGGCCCAUCUUCAAAAGGCAUCACCGCUCUUUCUGCUGCCAGACCGCAGUACACUUGA